AUGGGGGCGCCGAGCAGCCGCGUGCUGGCGCUGGGCGCGGCGUUCCUGCUGCUCCUCGUCGCGCUGCCCUCCGCCUUCCUCUACCUCACCUCCUCCGCGGCGCCCGCGGCCACCCGCGCCACCCUCCUCAACCUCAAGCCCUUCUCCGCCAGGUGCGCGCCCGCCGCCGCCGCCGCGCCGCUCCGCGUCUUCAUGUACGACCUGCCCGCGCGCUUCCACGUCGCCAUGAUGGGGGCCGACGCCGCCGCCGCAGGCGCGGGGUUCCCCGCGUGGCCGCCCUCCGCGGGCGGGAUCAGGCGCCAGCACAGCGUGGAGUACUGGAUGAUGGCGUCGCUCCUGGACGAGGCCGCGGGACCGGAGGAGGGGGGAAGGGAGGCCGUCAGGGUGCGGGAUCCUGACGCCGCCGACGCCUUCUUCGUGCCCUUCUUCUCCUCGCUCAGCUUCAACGUGCACGGCCGCAACAUGACCGACCCCGACACCGAGGCCGACCGCCUCCUGCAGGUUGAAAUUGUGGACAUUCUAUGGAAGUCUAAACAUUGGCAACGGUCUGCGGGCCGUGACCAUGUCAUUCCUAUGCAUCACCCUAAUGCUUUCAGAUUCCUGCGAGCAAUGGUGAAUGCAUCUAUUCUAAUAGUUUCAGACUUUGGGAGAUACACAAAGGAGCUGGCUUCCCUGAGGAAAGAUGUUGUGGCACCAUAUGUGCAUGUUGUGGAUUCCUUCCUUGAUGACGAUCCACCUGAUCCAUUUGAGGCUCGUCAUACACUGCUUUUCUUUCGAGGCCGUACUGUCAGGAAAGAUGAAGGGAAGAUCCGGGCAAAACUUGGGAAGAUAUUAAAAGGCAAGGAAGGGGUGCGCUUUGAGAAUAGCAUUGCCACGGGCGACGGCAUUAAAAUAUCUACAGAAGGUAUGAGGUCGGCAAAGUUCUGUCUUCACCCUGCUGGGGACACUCCUUCCUCAUGCCGCCUGUUUGAUGCCAUAGUCAGUCAUUGUGUUCCUGUGAUAGUCAGCAGUCGCAUUGAGCUCCCUUUUGAAGAUGAGAUUGAUUACAGUGAGUUCUCCCUUUUCUUCUCAGUUGAAGAAGCUCUAAGACCUGAUUACUUGCUGAACCAGCUCAGACAGAUCCCCAAAAAGAAGUGGGUUGAUAUGUGGUUGAAGCUUAAAAAUAUCUCUCAUCAUUAUGAAUUCCAGUAUCCCCCCAGGAAGGGUGAUGCGGUGAACAUGAUAUGGAGGCAGGUGAGGCACAAAAUCCCUGCAGUUAACCUUGCUAUUCACAGGAAUAGACGACUAAAAAUUCCAGACUGGUGGGGAUAA